AAAAAAAAAAUAUAUAUAUAUAUAUAAUGAGCUCUGCUGCUAGUAAUGGAUAUAUUUGAUUUUGCAGAGAACCUGUAGGUACAGGGUAUAUUAGCAACUUGUGUUAACUUGGGCUUCUUUUUGGAUCAAGAAAUAAUGGCGACAAUAGAUCCAAAUCUCAACACCUCAGCUUCCAUGGAAGAUAAUCUGGUCUCUGUGGAGAACCCAAAGUCUCAACUCGUUCAAUCAUUUCGAAAAAAUUAUCCUCCUGCUUUUCUCAGAAAGGUGGUGGCAGAGGUCAUGGCAACGUAUUUGUUGGUGUUUGUGACAUGUGGAGCUGCUGCAAUUAGUGCAAGUGAUGAACAAAGAAUCUCAAAACUAGGAGCCUCAAUAGCUGGAGGGCUCAUAGUGACAGUGAUGAUCUACGCAGUGGGACAUGUCUCUGGUGCUCACAUGAACCCUGCAGUCACUGCAGCUUUUGCAGCUGUUCGCCAUUUUCCAUGGAAGCAGGUGCCAUUUUACGUAGCAGCUCAGUUAACUGGAGCAAUAUCUGCUUCAUUUACAUUGAAAGUGCUACUUCAUCCUAUAAAACACGUAGGCACAACUUCACCUGCAGGGUCAGAUCUCCAAGCUCUCAUCAUGGAAAUUGUUGUAACGUUUUCUAUGAUGUUUGUCACUUCAGCAGUGGCAACUGACACAAAGGCUAUAGGAGAAUUGGCAGGUAUAGCAGUUGGUUCUGCUGUGUGUAUAACAUCUAUACUGGCCGGUCCAGUAUCAGGCGGCUCUAUGAACCCUGCAAGGACGCUAGGGCCAGCAAUUGCUAGUGCACACUACAAGGGGAUAUGGGUCUACUUGAUUGGACCAGUGGUGGGAACACUGCUUGGAGCAUGGUCUUACAACCUGAUUCGAGUGACUGAUAAGCCAGUCCAGGCAAUUUCUCCUCGCUCUUUUUCAUUCAAACUUCGUAGAAUCAGAAGCAAAGACAUGGAGGCUCACAAUAACGAUCCUCUCGAUGCUCUUUGAAGUUGUCUCCCACUACAAUACCAUAGAAUAGAGAGAAUAAUGCUCUUCUUCACUUGUAAUAUCUUCGGACAAUCUUUACUGAUUGCAUGUACUGAAUUGUUAAGUGUCAACAUGGUUAGCACUUAACAUGCUAACAAAUUACCAAACACAUGCAAUACAACCUCUCAAUCUCCUUCAAA